CUUUGAAUUGUCAAUGAGGGGGCGGCAACGUGGCCGCAUUGCCGUCAAUUUCGGCGUCGGCGUCGCGACGCGGUCCGUCAUUCGUGCCGAGAAAAAGGAGGAAGACAACUCCAACGCACAGCAGGAGAAGGAAUCACUCCGUCCGUUCGUCGGUCCGCGUGUCCCUCGCUCGUUUAACGUUGUUGCACGUUAUUUUUUUCAAAGGUUACCGUUGCCUGCAUCGCAGCGAAAAUGUUGAUCGGUCUCGUAAGGGAAUCGGUGAUGCAGUGCUUCUGCCAUACGUGCAGCAGAGCUCCGCACCUGCCGGUCGCACUUCAUAGGACGCAAAUCCCAAUAACAAAAGUUAAAACGAAACCGAGAGGCAUCCAGACGAUAGCGAACCAACCGAAACGUGUUCAAUUUGUCACGACCGAAGUGCGAUGCCAGGAGAAAACCAGAGGCGGGCUGCGAUACGAGGUGAUCCUCGGAGAGGCCGAACCGAAGGUGCAACCGCCAAAGAAACAACAGCUGUCGCCCAAAAACAGCAUGUCCGUUCAGGAUAUCGAGGAGAAAUUGAAAGCGGCCGAAGAAAGAAGACAGCUUUUGGAAUCGAACAAAAUGGCCGCCCUGUCAGCAAAAAUGUCCAAGAUCGAAGAGGCGAAUCGCAAAAGGGACGAAUAUAACAAUCAAUUCAUCACAACCACCAAAGAGGCGCUCGAUCAAAAGAUGGGCCAACAUGUUGAGAAACGAGAGGCCAUCAUCACCGAUCUCAAAUCCAAGAUGAAGGAUCACAUCGAGAAUGUAGAAAAGACCCGGCUGACACUGGAACAGCAAACCGAUGAAGUGCGAACCGCCAUCGAAGAUAAACUGAAAACAGCUUCGCAACAGCGCGACGAUAACAUCAAAAAGAUGCUCGAACGGCUCAAAGAACACGAGGAGCAAGUGCAGAAGGUGCGAGAACAGAACACGCAACGAUUGCAGCAGUUGGACGCUGCGAUUCAGGAGAAGCUGGGACAAGCGCGGACCAGAAAGGAGCAGAUUGAACAGGAACAAAGGGAGAAGCUCAGGAAUCACCUUAACAAAUCCAUGGAAGUGAAACAGUUCGUGGAAGAGACGGUGAAGGCGCGAAUUAGCGGCGUUGCCGCAUUCAUCGAGGAUAAACUGGCAACGGCGCUGCUCAAGAGGGAGGAACAGAUCAGGAGGAAAUCGGACAUCGCUAAGAAAUAUGUAAAUAUGCCGCCCCCCUUCCCUUAACAACUUCUGUCGCAUUCCUGACGCUGGCGAAAGUGUACAUUUUGUAUAUAACAAUAUAUGUGUAUAGUUCUGUUCACGGUUUUAGGCGGUUAUCUUGCCACAAUUGGAUGAUAGUGGACCGUUUUCACUCGCUUUCUGAAAA